AUGGCUACCGGUAAGCUCUUAGCUGCCGCUCUUAUUGUCCUGUUAAGCAUUGGAAUAACCAAUGCUAUUAGGGUGGUAAACCAUGCCACUGCUGAUGGCCAAGGUAGAGGUGGGGGUGGCGGUAGCGGAACCGAAAACGCCUAUGGCUCAGGCUCUGGAUCUGGCUAUGGCUCCGGCAAUUCCUAUGAUAGUACUUCUCAGGGUACUUCUUCUGCUAGUGGAUCUGGUGAGGGUUCUGGUGGUGGCGGUUGGCAAGGUUAUGAUCAAUAUGCCUCAGGUCACGGAGGAGGGGGUGCAUCUGGCUCAGGCCAUGGUGACUCCGGUGAUUUUUACAGUAAUGGGGCUUCCUAUGCAAAUGGGCGUGGGGGCGGCGGUGGCUCCGGAGGAAGUUUUGGCAACGGCCAAGGGUAUGGUGAUGGUUCAGGAAAUGGGCAAGGUUCUGCCUACAGCAAUGGACCAUAUGGUUCAAGCGACGCCAAUAGUGGAGGAAGCGGAGGUGGAAGGGGUGGUGGUCAUGAUGGUGGAUUUGGCGGUGGUUUUGGCAAGGGGUCAGGAAGCAGCAAUGGAGCUACUUGGGGUGGCUACAAUGAUGGCACUGUCAGCGAACCACCACAAGCGGUUAGCGAACCACCACAGGCGGUUAGCGAACCACCACAGGCGGUCAGCGAACCACCACUGGCUUAUUAAUGUCUUUUAUUUUGGUGCAAUGUCAGCCUUGGGUGACAUGUAGUUAUUCCGUUGUUUGAGCAUAUAUAUUUUUCUACAAAUAAACCAUGCCAUCUGUUAGUUACAAUUUACGUCUAGGUUGUACUAAUUAAAUGUGGGUAUGAUGCAUGCUGACCGAUGUCUCAAAGCAUGUUUUAGUUGUGAUUCCUUAAUCCAUGGAUAUGAAUGCUUUGCUUUG